AUGCUAUCUAUCUACCCUGUUCUUUAUAGACAACAAAUCAUGGUUACUCCGCUCAGCCUCCCUUCUUAUUCUCCUCACUUUUUUUUCUUUCUCGCUUUCGCGCUUUAUUUUCUUUUUUCUUUUGCAAUUUUCUUUCUUGUUCUGCUGCUUUUUCUUCUUUUUCCAAUUUUCUUUCUGCGAAUUUACCCUUUCAGUCUUUCUUCCUUUAUCUUUCUUUUCUCGUUCCUUUCUUUCUUUUUACUUUUUUUCUUUCUUUCUUUUCCUCUUUUUUCUCCCUUUCAGUCUGUCUUUUUUUUCUUUCUUUCUUUCCUUUCUUUUCCAGUUUUCUUUCUGCGAUAUAACCCUUUCAGUCUCUUUAUUCUUUCUUUCUUUCUUUCUUUCUUUCCCGUUCUACUACUUUUUCUUUCUUUUUUUCUGAUUUUCUUUCUACAAUAUCACCAUUUCAAUCUUUCUUUCUUUCUUUCUUUCUUUCUUUCUUUCUUUCUUUCUUGUUCUACUACUUUUCCCUUCCUUUCUUCUGCUUUUUCUUUCUGCAAUAUCCCUCUUUCAGCCAGUCUUCCUUUCCUUUUCCCUCUUUCCUUCUUUCUUUCUUUUUCCAAUUUUCUUUCUUUCUUCAAUUUUCUUUCUCUUUCUAUCAUUUUUCUUUCAUUUCAUCGCUUUGCUAUUUUCUUUCUUUUGUUUGCUUUCUGUAGCAUCUCCCUUUAUUUCUUUGUCUCUCUUUUCCAUUUAAUCUCUCUUACCUCUAUUCGCUUCAUUCAUUCGCUCUUGUUCAAAUUUCUUCCUUUUUUUCAAUUUCUUUCUUUCUUCUUUUUCCAUUUUUCUUCCUCUUUCUGUCAAUUUACUCGCAUUCUAUUAUUUUUUUCUCUUACUUCUUCUUUUUACUAUUUUAGCUGUUAUUUUUCUUUCUUUUCCAAAUUUCUUUAUGAAUACUGCCAUAAUCCCUGUGCUCAGAUCAUCUUGUAG